AUGAUUUUUGGUAAUUCACUACUUUUGCCUACCUUGUACACUUUUGCUGUCGCAACACCUUUGUUGAAAAGAGAUUCCUGUACCUUAUCAGGGUCCUCUCUGUCCUCACUCUCAACUGUGAAAAAAUGUACCAGUAUAAUUAUCAAAGAUUUAACUGUUCCAGCUGGACAAACUUUAGAUCUAAGCGGUUUGAGCAAGGGCACCACUGUUACCUUUCAAGGCACGACUACGUUUCAAUACAAGGAAUGGGCUGGUCCUUUGAUUUCAAUAUCAGGAUCCAAAAUUAGUGUUGUUGGCGCCUCAGGGCAUCUUAUUGAUGGUCAAGGAGCUAAAUGGUGGGACGGUUUAGGUGAUAACGGAAAGGUCAAGCCAAAAUUUGUAAAAUUAGCCUUGACAGGGACAUCAAAAGUCACUGGAUUGAAUAUUAAAAAUGCACCACAUCAAGUUUUCAGCGUCAAUAAAUGUUCUGAUUUAACCAUCAGUGGCGUAACAAUUGAUAUAAGAGACGGUGAUUCUGCGGGUGGUCACAACACAGAUGCGUUUGAUGUUGGUAGCUCCACCAAUGUAGUGAUUCAGGGAUGUACAGUUUAUAAUCAAGACGAUUGUAUCGCUGUUAAUUCUGGUACGACUAUCAAAUUCCUCAAUAAUUAUUGCUACAAUGGCCACGGUAUUUCUAUAGGCUCUGUUGGUGGCCGUUCUGAUAAUACUGUCAACGGCUUUUGGGCUGAAAACAAUCAUGUGAUCAACUCCGACAAUGGAUUGAGGAUUAAGACUGUACAAGGUGCCACAGGGUCGGUUACUAAUGUCAACUUUAUCACCAAUACGAUUAGCAAUAUAAAAAAAUACGGUAUUGUUAUCGAAGGUGAUUAUCUGAAUGGUAAGACCACAGGUACUGCUACGGGGGGCGUUCCUAUUUCAAAUUUAGUGGUGAAAGGCAUCACGGGGAGUGUGAAUUCCGCAGCCAAAAAGGUCAAAGUCUUGGUCAAAAAUGCUUCUAACUGGCAGUGGUCUGGGGUGUCCAUUAGCGGUGGUUCUUCCUAUUCUGGCUGUUCUGGCAUCCCAUCUGGCUCUGGUGCAUCGUGCUAG